AUGCCAGAUCUUGACCGGGACAUUCGAUCGGCUGGAACUUUGGGUAUCACUGCGUUGGCUCUCCCCACGACGACCCCCCACCCUCACCUACACAAGCAAUGGGCUCUUUUCCCUCCCCUCUUGAGAGACAAUACUGACUCUGGACACUGGUACGGUGGCCCUUUGAGGCGGGGAGGAUCCGCGAAGACUAUGAGAAGUCUAUCACUUCUCAAUUUUCCGAACCACCAGAUGGCUGAUCCGAGGCAUCUUGCCUACCCGUUACGGCCUUUAUCUACGGGUAGAGAUUUCGUGGGCCACGAGAUUCCCGCCUUUGCACUUCUUAUCCAAACAUACGACGAACCUGCCUCCCUGCCUUGCUACCCAACUGACGGGGACACCACCCCAGAGAUCCCAAAGACUUUGGAAGUCAUAGGGAGGGGCCCGACCACGCGGGACCGGAGGGCACUCCGCGGUCGAACAUCCCGCAGCCCUCUUCAAAUGCUAGCCCUUGCAUACUCAGGCGAGAGGUGCCGAGCUGGACUCCCUGCCAAUACCCCGAUGUGGUCGGUUACACCAGACACAGACAUCGACGGAGGAGGGGCGGGGGUGAAGAUGCGAAAGACAUUCCGCGAGGACUAUCUCCAUUCAGGGAGAUGCCCCCUCUCUGCCCGCGCGGCAGUCAAGGGAUACACUGGCCGCAGAGCUGUCGUCAUGCCCCUCUUCUCUCUCUCCUCCCCCUGUAUCAUCAAUGAUGAAUCUCUUGCCGCGUGCAUGUUCAUCCUUGGGCGCUGCAUUGGACUCGUGAAUGGCAUGGGUGUGCGGGUGAUCGCUGCUGCGUCGACGCCCAACCCGUCGGAGUGGGACAAGGCGGCAAACCACCUUCUUUUCGUUCUCCCAACGGGAGGAACCAAAACAUCAUGUGCGGCAGAGCAUCAGAGACUCUCUCGUGGUACAUCAUCAUUUAUCACGGCUCACCGCUUCGAGGAUGAGAGACAUAUGAACACCCCGAUUACCUACCGAAUCCAUCAAUGCCGUUUCCUGCUGCCUGCCUGCCCGCCUUUCUAUCCCGAGCGCCAGAUUGACGGGGGUGAAGGAGGAAGCAGAGAGGCCCAACCCGUCGCGGGUUGGUCGUCUCAUAUUGGGCCCGUCCAGAUUAUGUACAUCAACCUGACCCUGGUGUACCGAGAGAAACCUGCCAUCUGGAGUUUGGGAGACGAAAGGCCGCUCGGGAGGCUGCAUGUUUCAAGGCCCUCAGACCCAACGACGUCCAGUCAAAGCCACCGGCUUCGUGUCUCAGAAACCUUGAGCAAACGUCAUCUACCGAGGGAAGCAGGUUUACACAAAAGCGCGAUGAGAUUUGACCGUGAUCAGCAAUUCCCCGCCCCUUCGAAUUUUCCCACCCGGGCGAUGUCGUGCGAAGCUUGGCGGAGGGAACUAGGGAUUGGGUGGUGCAUCUCGGGCGGUCUUCAUUCCUCUAUGAUUACUCCCGUGCUUGGUUUUGUAUCAGAUUUCGUGCGAAUAUGA